ACUGGCCAGCUGAGCGCAAAAGAGUGAACAACGAACUGGGCUAGAAGUUCAGUAGACCAGCACAACCAACGCAACGAAGGAAACUUUGACAGCGGACCCUAUUUUAUCCAACUUCUAAAGCAUUUGUAGGCUAAAGGUUGUGGAUUGUAGGCUUACCUUUAGUGAAUCGGUGAAAAGGCUGUACAAUCCUUGGCAGUGUUCUGAGACUGUACAGCUGCCUACUGCUUCUGAAAGACAACUUGCAUCUGAAAUGGACUGUGCGUAAAGAGCAGAGAAAUUACUUCAUCUCGAUUUGAUUUUCAAUAUUUUUCAUUGUGUAUGUUAUUUGUUACUUGAAAAUUGUUGCGUAAGUGGACUGAUUCAGACUUUCGGGGAAAUUCCAUUUGUCACUGAACUUUGCAAAAGAAAACAUGACGGCUGAUAAGGACAAGAAAAGGAGCAGUUCGGAACGGCGGAAGGAGAAGUCUCGUGACGCGGCACGCUGUCGUCGAAGUAAGGAGACAGAGGGGUUCUACGAGCUGGCCCAUCAGCUGCCCCUCCCACACAGCGUCAGCUCCCACUUGGACAAAGCCUCCAUCAUGAGACUGGCCAUCAGCUUCCUGCGCACCCGCAAGGUCGUCGGCCCAGGCUGCUCCAACGGUGCAGAGACUGAGGAGGACAGACAGACGGACAGUAUGUAUUUGAAGUCACUGGAGGGGUUUGUCACUGUGGUUACAUCAGACGGCGACAUGAUCUUCCUCUCAGAAAACAUCAACAAGUUCAUGGGCUUAACACAGGUAGAGUUGACUGGACAAAGCAUCUUUGACUUCACCCACCCCUGCGACCACGAUGAGAUUCGCGAGAACCUGAGUCUGAAAAAUGGCACUGGGAAGAAGGGGAAAGCCUUGAGCACUGAGAGAGACUUCUUCAUGAGGAUGAAGUGCACAGUGACAAACCGUGGACGCACUGUCAACCUGAAAUCAGCCAGCUGGAAAGUUCUGCACUGCACUGGCCACCUGAAGGUGUACAGCAGUUGCGCCCCUCAUGGGCUGUGUGGGUUCAAGGAGCCUCCUCUCACCUGCCUGGUGAUGAUGUGUGAGCCCAUCCCCCACCCCUCCAACAUCGACACGCCCCUGGACAGCAAGACCUUCCUGAGCCGCCACAGCAUGGACAUGAAGUUCACCUACUGCGACGACAGAGUCACUGAGCUGAUGGGCUACAGUCCUGAAUAUCUGCUGGGCCGCUCUGUCUAUGAGUUCUACCACGCUUUGGACUCUGACAGUGUCACCAAGAGCCACCAGAACCUGUGCAGUAAAGGUCAGGCAGUGAGUGGACAGUAUCGUAUGCUGGCCAAACAUGGAGGCUACGUGUGGGUUGAGACCCAGGGCACAGUCAUCUACAACAGCCGGAAUUCCCAGCCGCAGUGCAUCGUUUGUGUCAACUACGUCCUCAGUGACGUGGAGAACAAGUCCAUGAUCUUCUCCAUGGACCAGACUGAGUCUCUGUUCAAGCCACACCACAUGAACAGUUUCUUCACCCAGAGUGCUGCUGCGGUGGCCGCGGAGCCCAUCAAGACCCUGUUCACCAAACUCAAAGAGGAGCCAGAAGACCUUGCUCAGCUGGCCCCCACACCUGGAGACGCCGUCAUCACCCUUGACUUUGGAAGGCCACCGUUUGAGGAGCCUCAUCCUCCUCUUUACCCCAAGAUGUCUCCCAUGCCCCCUCCGGCCCCCCAGGGCUGGGGCAGUGAUGCCCACAAGCCCUGCCCGGCAGGAGACAUGUCCAACCACAUGGCUGCCACCUUCUCAGUGCCCCAGAACCCCACACCAGGCAGCGUCACCCCCAGCACUGCCCCCCCUAGCCUGAGCAGUUGUUCCACGCCCAGCAGCCCAGGGGAUUACUACAGCGAGAGAGAGAGUGACCUGAAGGUAGAGCUGACUGAGAAGCUCUUUGCUCUGGACACAGAGGGGCCCAAGAGCCCCGGCAGCACCCAGUCGGUCCUGAGUGAUUUGGAUCUGGAGACCCUGGCUCCAUACAUCCCCAUGGACGGAGAAGACUUCCAACUCCACCCCAUCAUUACUGAAGAGGCCCCUGGUGGCACCGAGGGGGCCGCUGACCAAAUGGGACACCGCACCACACAGAACGGGUUCAGCAACAUCGCCAGCCUCUUCCAGCCCCUGGGAUCCCCACAGUCUGCCCACUACCAGCCCGCCAAGUGGGCCCCAGGAGACAAGAGAGGCCCCAACCACAGUGAAAUAAGCCCCAUGGACUCCAGGCCUACUCUGCCCUACACAGGCCCUGCACAGAUCACCCCCUACCACACCCUAGCCAGCACCCCUUUGUCCUCCAUGGGCGGACGUCAGAACCUGCAGUGGCCCCCCGAUCCCCCGUUACACUACCAACAACAAGUGGACGCCAUGGGCGGAAGCAACUCAUGUCAGAACAUGCCGGUCAACAGGAUGCACAAGCAGAGGUCAAUGGAGAACUUUGUCCAGGCCUACAGAGACACGAGUCCUGCUAGAAUCGCCAUAGCCAACAACUUCAAGCGCUCCUUCACGCAAAUGGCAGUGGGUGACUCCACCCUGAGUACGCCAUCAGAGAUGAUGUGGAAGAGGAUGAGGAAUGAAAACUGUGCCAUCCUGGAUAGAUCUCUCAGCACCAGCUCACUGGCAGAUAAAGGUAUGUGCAUACAUGGGGGUGUUGACCAGUGUCUCAGCCCCCUUCAACGGCACAGGAAGUCCCAGUAUCCAGGAUGUGGAAACAGUGCACCUAAAAAAGCCUUCCCCGAACAGUGGUGCAACUACAGAGAAUACCGUAUGCUGCCCUCUCCCAAAACAGAGGGGGUUGCCAGUCGGCUGUUGGGCCCGUCCUUUGAGACCUAUUGUCUGCCAGAGCUCACCCGCUACGACUGCGAGGUCAAUGUCCCUCUCCAAGGCAACCUGCACUUGCUGCAGGGCAGUGACCUACUGAGAGCCUUGGACCAGGCCACCUAGAACCAGCCCUACACCCCCUACUGCAUUUCCCUACCCUGGACCAGGCCACCUAGACCCAGCCCUACACCCCCUACUCCCCUACCCUACCCUGGACCAGGCCAUCUAGACCCAGCUCUACACCCCUACCCCCCUACCCUACCCUCCUCUGGACCAGGCCACCUAGAUCCAGCCAUACACCCCCUACUCCCCUAUCCUACCCUCCUCUGGACCAGGCCACCUAGACCCAACCCUACACCCCCUACUCCCCUACCCUCCCUGGACAAGGCCACCUAGACCCAGCACUACACCCCCUACUCCCCCACCUACCCACCCUACCCUACCCAGCCCUGGACCAGGCCUCCGAGACGCAGACAUAUACCCCCUCCCGUACUUUAUCUUACCCUACCUAGACAUAGCCCUCACCAACCUCACCUCUACCCAUCCUUACCCUCCAAUAGUCUUAGCCAAUACACCCUAGACUAACACAUCUCUACAACACUGCCUGACACCUCAGCCAAGCCGCUUCCCCUGUCCUAACGUCCUGGCACAUCUAACAUAGUACUACUCAACCAUGCCCCACCCACCCACCCUACCAUACCAAGCCCCAUACAAACCUGUUUUAUCGUCAAAGCCACACAUACCCUGCCUCCUCCUCAUCCAUCCACCCUACUGCCCCCAUGUAUCAUUAGAAAAACGUGUGGCUUCUGUUCUAUUUUUGUUGUCUUUAUCGUCAUAAAUUAUAUACGUGUAUAAUUCUUAGUUAUUAGUCUAUUUCUGUUAAACGAUCUGAUCUGUUUCAGUGUUCUCAAGCUCUAUUCUGUCCCCCCAAUUGUGUGAUCUGUAGCCUACUUUUCUUCUUUCACCAUGUCUGUCUGUCUGUCUGUCUGUCUGUCUGUCUGUCUGUCUGUCUGUCUGUCUGUCUGUCUGUCUGUCUGUCUGUCUGUCUGUCUGUCUGUCUGUCUGUCUGUCUGUCUGUCUGUCUGUACGACGCUGUCAUAGACACACUAACAAACAAAACAGUCUGAAAUCCAGAUUAAACUUCACCGAAUGUAAGCAUAACACCCAGGUUUUUUUUAAAUAAACUUUUUUGUUGUUCUUUUACUACCCUUUCCCCAUUCCUUACUGUCUAGUUUCCUUCAGUCACUGGUGUCUGUUUGCAUGUUUCUAUUGUUCCCUCAGUGUGAGCUCACUGGAUAGUUACAGUGCUUGCCAUGAAGUUGAUUGGUCAAAUCAGAGCGUGCCCCCAACAUAGGGAGGAGAGUGCUAUUUUUGGUACCUUUUUCAUGGCAUUAGAAGUCAUAUUAUCAGAAUCAGAGAGACUUUGGCCUAGAUCACAGGAGGGUGGUGACGGGAGGACGGCUCAUAAUAAUGACUGUAAUACCAUUUCAUUCAUUCCAUUCCAACCAUUAUUAUGAGCCCAUUCACUCCAAUAAAGGUGCCAGCAGCCACCUGUGGCCUAGAUUCACUAAGAUCAAGCGUUAACCAGUGAUAGCCAACACCCGCACAGCUGGCGUUUUAGCCGUGUCGCAGGUUUAACUGUGUUGCAGCUGUUAAGUAAGAGAGGUUGCUCGUGUGGUCAUUGUCACGAAGCCACACCGGUCCCACUCGCAUUACAAGUUCAGAAUGAGUAAGUCUAGGCUAUAUAGAAAUUUCACUCAAAUUGAGAAUCAUUAAACUAAAUAAUUAGGAUUUCUAUCAGCCUAAUCGAGGUGUAAAUUAAAUAUCACAUUCCAGUGUUUGAACUUGUAAACAAGUUGUAAACAAGUUUGCAUGGGAUUUCUCUUAAUGCGACUCCGUGUAGCCAAUGGCAAUGUCCUCCUUUAGGUAUAAUGCCGGGAGCCGCUUGUGGAUUUGAACACUUCCUUAGUUUAAGAGAUGGCAACUCGCUAUUGACAUUGAGACUCUUUUUCUGUAUUCCUUCUCUUUCUUUCUAUUUCAUUCUCAUUUUUAGGUCUUUGUCUUUGUGUGGUGACCACUUAAAAGUUUGAAUUUAGCUUCGUACACAAAUAUAUGUAUGUAAAGACAGAAGCUAUAAAGUUUCUACUAUAAUGUCAAGAUCGUGUUUUAGUGUUUAUGUGCCUUGGUACUUUGUCUUAUCUACCCAGUAGAUGCAGAUUGUAUUCCUGUGUUUUAGAUGUUACUCCAUAGUGCUGGUGUCUGUUUUGUUUUUUGUUUUUUCCAGAGUGUAUGCACAAGUAUAAUGAAAUUGUUAGCAGGCCAGUACUGAUCUGUUGUUGCGCUUUAAAGAAAAAGAAAAUGGAGAGGGAAAAAACGAUAACAUUUUCUAAGUUCCACUUUUGACAUGUAGCAUUUUGAAUAUUGUAAACAAAAGAAAUUGACACAAAAGUAAUAUCUUUCAACAGUAUCUAAACAGGUGAUGGUGCUUUAUAGAUAUAACCAUCUUGCAUUUGUAGAGGCAACUUUAUAUGUUUCAUGGAUCCACUUUCAGUAACACUGUAUUUUGAUGUUAUUGUUCAUUUUUCUUGCUGAGAUUGUCUUUAAAGGUGAUUCAUAACAGACAUGAUGUGCCUUAACAUUGCCUUAAGGUUGUCUCAAUGUUGAUUCAGCCCAGUGUUAUGCCCUUCAAAUGCACAGAUUGUAGACGUAGACGUACAGUAGAUUGUCCAAUAAAACUACACUAGCCUAUACAAAUCCAGAUGUUUAGCUUGGAGAGCUCUAGUGUCAGAUCCAGUAUGUUGAGUAGAUGUAAUUAGAAGUCCAGUCCAAACAGAGAGACGCUCUAAAGGAGAGAAUUCUAGAAAGAUAAAGAAUCAGAUUCAGCACGUCGACCUAUGUGUCUGGCACUGUGUUGAUUUAUUGCAGGUUUAGGUUGUUAAUAAGAAACCAGAGGCUGUAAUGUGGUGUAGAUGGUGUUAAAUUAGUGAGGGUGAUACACUAAACACUUUAAAGACCAAUGGUCAAUAUCAAAUACUCAGGCACUUCCCUUGACAGCUUGGCAGAACAUGUUUUGUCAAUACAAAAAUCUCAAAAUUUAAACGGUUGAAUCUAAGAUUAUUUCUGGGUUAGAUGGCGCAAUAGUUAAAUAUAGACUUAGAGCAAUGGGCGGCAGAUACCUGUUGAAACCUGUUGAAACAGAUGCAGGUGGUGAUAGAGCUAUGAGACAGAGACGGAGAUAGAAGUGAGAUGGAGAACUGAGGGACAGAUAGAGAGGGACUGUGGUACCUGAACUGUGACUGACAGAGAGGGAUACAUCCUGCUCAGCCUGCCCACUGAUGCACUGAUCUCUUCACACGCUACUUCACUCAGUAGUCAGCUCAUCUCUCUCUCUCGGUCUCGCUCUCUCGCUCUUCCCCCCCCCCCCCCCUCUCUCAUCCCUCUCGCUCUUUCUCUUUCCCUCCCACGUUCAUUUUAAGGUACAUCCCUGCCAAGUUUAGCCACCUUGUCAACUCUAGUGCAUUCUAACAAAGACAAAACAUUGCUUCCACUGUUAAUGGAAAUAUAUCGACACAGUGAGUUCCUCCAAAGACAUGAGAAAAUAUGCUCCUUGUUUUCGUUGAGCCAAAGUGAAUGGAAUGUGGGACGUUUCCUCAAAUUACCCACAUCCCAGAUAAAUUACACACAAGGAUAAAAUGUUAGGAUGUAUAAUUGUAUGUGUUUAUUUAUUUUGUGGGAACAAUGACAAAUUACAGAUAGUUAGAUCAGACCACUCUGUUAGCUGACAAGUAUCUGGUUUUGGUCCCUAUAUGCGCUGUCUAAAGCCCCCAGAUAUGCAGUAUUUAACAUGUAAAAGCAAGCAAAAGUCCCAUGCUUUGCAUUUGUUAUAUUAAACUUAUAUGAGAUUAAAUGUCUCGUUAUUACUUGAAUUCUAAGCAUUAGAAGAAAACCAAAGUUAGAUAGAGAUUAAGUUCUCUGCCUCACUGGCCGCGCUCCUGUUCCUGAUGGAGAGGAGGCGGGCCACACUCCUGUUCCUGAUGGAGAGGAGGCUGGCCGUGCUCCUGUUCCUGACGGAGAGGAGGCUGGCCGCGCUUCUGUUCCUGACGGAGAGGAGGCUGGCCGCGCUCCUGUUCCUGAUGGAGAGGAGGCUGACCCCGCUCCUGUUCCUGACGGAGAGGAGUCUGGGAUGUCAGAUGGAACUGCAGAUGGGGUGUGGCCUAAAUUGUGCUCCUGUAUGUGAAAUGAGUAGGCUAGAGGGAAGUCCCAAAAUGGUAACUGCAGAAGGAAGGCUAUCCACCAGUCCUAGCUGUAGCUACUGUGACACUUGAAGGGCCCAAAAAGUAAACAUACAAAUAUGAAUAAUUGAACAAUCUCAGUUCUCGUCCUCUUUAAAGACAAUAUCAGCAUUCUAGGCUACUAAAUAUAAUGAGGGUUGUUUUUUCCUUGGGAUAUGUUCUGCUUUUAUCCAUUACAUUUGUGGAUGUCUUAUAGUUAUUUUAGAUCAGUGGUUUCCAACCUUUUUUGGUUACCGUACCACCAACUGAAUUUUGCUCUGCCCGGAGUAACACUGAAGUACCCCCUCAUGUGCAUUUGACCAGUAACCCUAUGGUCUCAUGUGCAUUUGACCAGUAACCCUAUGGUCUCAUGUGCAUUUGACCAGUAACCCUAUGGUCUCAUGUGCAUUUUACCAGUAACCCUGUGGUCUCAUGUGCAUUUUACCAGUAACCCUAUGGUCUCAUGUGCAUUUGACCAGUAACCCUAUGGUCUCAUGUGCAUUUUACCAGUAAGCCUAUGGUCUCAUGUGCAUUUGACCAGUAACCCUAUGGUCUCAUGUGCAUUUUACCAGUAAGCCUAUGGUCUCAUGUGCAUUUUACCAGUAAGCCUAUGGUCUCAUGUGCAUUUUACCAGUAAGCCUAUGGUCUCAUGUGCAUUUGACCAGUAACCCUAUGGUCUCAUGUGCAUUUUACCAGUAAGCCUAUGGUCUCAUGUGCAUUUUACCAGUAAGCCUAUGGUCUCAUGUGCAUUUGACCAGUAACCCUAUGGUCUCAUGUGCAUUUGACCAGUAAGCCUAUGGUCUCAUGUGCAUUUUACCAGUAAGCCUAUGGUCUCAUGUGCAUUUGACCAGUAACCCUAUGGUCUCAUGUGCAUUUGACCAGUAAGCCUAUGGUCUCAUGUGCAUUUUACCAGUAAGCCUAUGGUCUCAUGUGCAUUUGACCAGUAACCCUAUGGUCUCAUGUGCAUUUGACCAGUAACCCUGUGGAUACGCCAAGUACCCCCAGGAGUCCUAGUACCCCUGGUUGGGAACCACUGUUUUAGAUGAUCCUAUGAUUUAUAUUGAAUUCAUAUUGACAUUAUUAUAUUGUUAUUAUUUUUGUUAUUACUGUAUGGGGAACUGAACCCAAUAAGAAGACGUAUUUCUGCACUGAUAUCUUAUUAAAGCGUACUGAUCUUA